CCAAUUGGCCUCUCCCCACCAUGUCUUUCCGGCCAGUGUUGCGCCCGCGGGCUGUGGCCCCAUUCGCUGCCACCCUCUUGGCUGGGGGUGUCGCUCUCUAUCCCCGUCAAACCGCAUGGGCUGAAGAACCCCAGGACCUGAGAAAGCCCAUUUACGAUGACUUCCCCACCGAGACUCCGGAGCUCCCCAAGACGCCCUCUGCUGUCGUGCCCCAGCCGUCCUCGCCUGCGCCCUCGUCGUCUCCGACUCCCACAGACAUUCUGACCGCCCAGAUCCGACAAGCCCGUCUCUUCCUCUACAACAACUCCCUGGCCGCCGAGAACUGCUUCAAUGACUUCCUGUCCCGGGCCCUUCACAUCGAAAACGCUUUCACCAACACCGUUGCCUCGCUGGCCCCGUCCCCGGAGUCCGGAGAGCGUCUGCUUCCCGGUGGAGUCUACGUCGUCGUUGCCGCCAUGGCCGGUUCGAUCGUGUCGCGCAACCGGGGCAUCUUCCUGCGCUCCGCCUCGCCGCUGGCCUUCGGUACGGUGGCCGCCUGGUCGCUUCUGCCCGUGACGAUGCGCAACGUUUCCGACCUGGCCUGGGAGUACGAGAAGAAGGUCCCCGCCGUGGCGGAACAGCACCUUCUGGUCCGGGAGAAGGCCGAGCACAUCUGGUACACGGGUAUUGCGCACAGCGGAAUGGCACGGGCCAUGAUGGAGGAGAAGAUCGGCGACACCCGGAAGAAGCUGGAGGAGCUGGUCAGCAAGGGCCAUUAGAGUGGCAGACAUUCCCUGUCUCGAUCCUUUCCUUGAUUUUCCUUUUCUUUUGCUUCUCUGCUCUGUAUUUGGUUGUUCUCCUUGAAGCGGAUACAAUUUGGAGCCCGUUGGUUGGUGUAGCGACCAUCCGGGCUUGGGAUGGGUUACGGUUUCCAUUUCAUAUGUGUGUGUAUUCUAAGUAGAUUCGAACGAACCGGUCCCGUGCUGUUCUA